AUGUCAUGGAGGAACCAAUAUCAAGUCUGGACGCAACCGCAGAAUGCACCUGCCGGCUGGGCAGGUUCAUGGCCACCGACAGCGCCAGCAGGCUAUCCAGGGCCGCCGCCGCUGCCGGCGGGUGUUAACGUGAAUCCGCAGCAAUGGGUGAGCGGCCAGUGGAUGUUCAACCCGAUGUACCGUGGGCCCGUAUCGAGCACGCAGGGCUCGUUCCAGAUGUGGGCAGCUCACCCGAGCUGGGGCCCCGGGGUGGCUCACGCGAGCGCCGCUGCCGCUGCCGCUACGAACUACAACCCGUACAAGCGGAUACCGAAUCGUGGCGAUGCCGAAUACUGGAAAACGAAGUUGCUCGACAACCCACUUGGACUGGAGAACAUGCACAUAAGGGACGACACGCCGCAGGAAGAGCGACAUGUGAAAGACUCGCCCAACGGCGUCCCACAUACGCCGUGGGUGUGGGUACCCCGCGAACUUGGUAAGCCCGAAGAUGGUAAUUCGUCUGACCCGCGCAGCGCACAAAGCGUCAGUGCCGCCCCUGCUGCGCCUGCCCAACCGCCUCACACGCGUGACGCCUCUCGUGCGCCAGACUCGCACCCGCGUGCCAACACGCACGACGGGCUGUCACAUGCGCCUCCACUUACGCAUACACAUGCGCAAGAGCGCUCGGCGUCGCAGCCGUUGGUGACACCGCGGCAUCCACAUAAGUUGUAUGGUCCAUUUCCGCCUACGCAGUCUUUCGCGAACGAGGGUUCGUCCCCACCAGGAUAUCCUCCAGACAGUCAGAGAAAUCCGACCUCGGGAAAACCACCCACUGUAGCUCCGCGUGCUCCGCCGAUUAUCGCUCAGGGAGGUGUGAUUCCCCCUCCUCCUGAGCCCUUACCUCCAGGAUCUGCUGCCUCGUAUGCAGCAUAUCAACACCAACAACAACUGAAGCAGCAGCAACAACAGCAGCAGCAGCAGACACAACGUCAACCGCAGCAGCAGUUCCAGCAGCACCAGCGAACGCAAAGUCGUGAUGUAUCUCCUCGACAAUCGGAGCAGACCCGUGACACGCGUACGUCUCCGCGUGUUUCUGUCUCAACAGCAUCGGCUGCGGCCGCAGCUGCAGCUGCAUCCCGUGUGCCUGUAUCUUCGACCUCAUCAGCUUCCAAGUCUCAGUCUCAUUCCCGGUCCGAGGCGUUCAGUACAAGGCUGGAUCUUCAUCCCACGUUUUCGACGAGUAUCGUGCGAACUCCAGACCACUACAGUGCAGCUUCGUCUACUACACCUACCCGUCGCUCGAGCCACGAUGACGCGGAUCGUACCCCUUCACGUCCCCCGGUUUCUCCUUAUUCCCAUGGUCCUAUAUACGGCCCACCGACUCCUACUCGUAGCAAUAGCACUCCCAGUCGUCACUCCUCCACCGCUUCCACAACUGCGUCUUCAGCCUCGUCUGCAAUGAAUGUCACUCCCUCUAUCCUCACCUCAGUCAGCAGCUUUUCGGAGGAGCCUGCAGCUCUGCUUAGCCCUCUUGUUGGAAUUCCCGCACCUCAUACUCCGAACGGAUCCAGCCCCAGCUCGCGCCAACUAACGCGGAGCCAGACGUACCCGUUUGAGUCGAUCCCGGAGGGCCGUGCAACCCAGCCUCACACUCCCGAAGCUCGCACCCCGCGUACUCCACGCACUCCUCGGCCACCUGAGCGUGAGCGUGAACAGGACCGCGAUCCGAAUGCGACGCCGCACGUUGUUCCUCGUACGCCCACGCAUGUCACGCCCGAUGCGAGCUCGCGCCAGUUGUCCCGUAGCCAGACCUAUCCGUCGCUGGAUUCUUCUCCGCAGCCCUCCCCCACCCACGCGCCCUCUCGUUCACGCCCGUCUCCGUCCUCAGAACACACGCGCCAGCUCUCCCGCAGCCAGACAUUCCCAAUGCUUGACCCUUCCCCGCAGCCUUCUCCAACGCACACGCGCUCUCGGUCCCGUGGCCCAUCGCCGUCCGAACACGCACGACACUUAUCCAGUACUUCCUCGAACCCUCUCCCUGCUCCACCUAGGCCAUCGACCUAUGUCUCAUCAGCGUCGUUCUCAUCCUCUAUGUCUUCUACACAGCAAUCCCAUCAUACUCACACCACCUCUGUUAGUGCCGCCGCCUCCGCGGCCCACAACCGGUCCUUGUAUAUCGAGAGGCGCAUCGGAUACUGGAAUCGGCGCGGCGAUCACCUGAUCGUCGAGAAGGACAGACAGUUCAUCGUGUACGCCCCGCGCAGCCUCGCGAAUCCGUCUGACCUCGCGCAGUAUCCCACACCCACAGAAGGCUUCAUGGACCAAUUCGGAAAUAAGAUUAAGUAUGACCCGACGGUGCCAGAGCUCUCAGAGUCGCUGCCCUUGCACGGCGAGCCACCGAAGCAGCCGUAUGACCGAUUCGUGCAUUACAUGUCCGUGUAUACUGGAGGCCAACAAUAA